UCGUUCGGAGUCUGCACGCGACUACAAAGAUCCUGUCCAGAUGAGAUCCUGACUUACGACGACGGAGAGACUCGGUGGAAGAUACCACCGAAUACACCGGUCGGCAUGUCAUGCGGCCUGAUCCAUCUCGACCCUUCCAAAUUCCCACCGCCGUGCGAGUUCGCGCCCCGAGCGCUGGCUUGCAGACCCGCAGCACCUGAGCUCGGAUCUGUGCUCGUUCUCCAAGGGGUCGCGGCAGUGCGUCAGCAUCAACAUGGCGUACGCGCAGCUGUACUUCUGCGUCGCCGGCAUCUUUCGGCGGCCCCAGCAACCCCGACCCACUGGGGGAUUUCGAGCUCUUCGGCACGACGAGCGACGACGUCGAGAUCAAACAUGACCUUUUCGUCCCGUUUCCGAAGCAUGGCUUCAAAGAGGUGAGGGUGCUCCUUAAGUAG